CCGUUGACGGUUCCACAUGAGCUCCGGUCCGCCAAGCACUGACAGCAACAAGUGACAACAUUAAGCCCGUUGGGUCGCGUGUCGGCGCGAUACGCUGAAAAGCCAGAAAAAUACCUACGCUCCCCGGGCUGCUGGAGUCGGAUAGGCAGAGAGUAGGUCGCACAUAGACUCAAUGGGCACUUCUUUGGCUUGGCCUUAUGUUCAUCUUUACAAUUGCUUCUACUCAAGUCGUUGAGGUACCCUGACCGUCUACUUAAGAUCAUCGUUUCAGCGAUAAGCUGCCCCACGAUCUUCCCCCCACGCGAUAAUCAUGUCGAACACAGCAACUUCUUCUGGCUCUGAUCCGAAUGCUGGCAACUCCAACAUCUCAUGGCCUAUGGAACGUCCUGUCGAGAGAACAGAGUGGCCGCCUGUCCGACCUGCCGGCGACGGAUCCGCAAACCCUUCUUCGACUCUUGACCCGUCCAACUAUCCGGGAGGGAAGAAGUCUCUAUCGGGGAUAUCCUUGAGGGCAUUCUGCCUGGGAAUCGGCUUUGGGGUGUCUACGUGCCUGACAGUGUUUCUGUUGUUGCUGUCGACCACGCUAUGGCGCGUACCCUUCUUCAUAGCUGCUCUGUGUCUCUUCCACUUCCUGGAAUACUACGUUACGGCACGAUACAAUACCCGCCAUGCAUCGAUCUCUGCGUUUCUCCUGAGCGCAAAUGGAUGGGCAUAUAACGUGGCGCACGGCUCUGCCGUGGCAGAAUGCAUACUCUCUCGUCUGUUUCUUCCCGAGAGCUACUUUGAACGGACGACCAUAACAUUCGCUGGAAUCAACCUGCAGGUGUUAGUGGGGUUGGCUCUUAUGAUCGUCGGCCAGGUGUUCAGGACGCUGGCAAUGGCCCAGGCUGGCAGCAACUUCAACCACACAGUCCAGGUGGUGCGCAAGGAGGGACACACAUUGGUGAAGAGCGGUGUGUACAGCUUGUUUCGACACCCUAGCUACUUCGGGUUCUUCUGGUGGGGAUUAGGAUCACAGCUGGUCCUGGGGAACAUGGUCUGCUUCUGGACCUACGCCAUCAUCCUGUGGAAGUUCUUCUCCGCUCGAAUACAAAGAGAGGAGGCGUACCUCAUCCACUUCUUCGGUGAGGAAUAUCUAGAAUACAAAAAGCACACAGGUGUUGGAAUCCCCGGGAUUCAUUGAUUGCCAUGAUUGCAUGAUCACAUGGAUCUCUAAGACUCAAUACGAGAACCCUAUCAUUCCUUCAAAUAUCUUCCACUGCAUAUGUUCAAGACAUUUUCCUGUUGAUACGCCCACUCUUGUGAUCGGUAUUAUACAAGCCUACAUGCAAAUAGACCGCUGUCUAAUGUCUUGUUUCUAAAUCUGCUCUAAGCGUUUGCCGGAAACAUUUCCAGUGGGCAAUCUUUGACAAACUUGCCCUUUCACCAAGCAAUCAGUGCAAUCAUUUCAUUACCUGCCAACUCAUCUAGCGUUUCAGGCUAGAUGGUUACACGGGAUAGGA